AUGGCGGAUCAGAAUCCCCUUAAUAAAUUUUCAGGCACCUCGGAGGUCUCCAACGACGGUCCUGCAGUGAAACGAACCUGCACGAAUGAUACGCCACCCAUCGCAUUGACGCCCGCGGACGAUGGCAGCGAUUUUUACAACACUCCCUGGACUGCAGGUACACCCGUGAAUAAUACUGAGAGCAAAGAUACUGCAGAUACAGAAAUGAGCGAGUCGGUUUCUUCUUCUAAACCAGCCAUGGCAAUCCCGGGUUUGAGCCUCGUCAAUGAUAGCCUCCAAGAUCUGCAACCCUUGAGCCAGGAGUCCACACCAGCCCAGAAACCGCAGGUUGAAGCUGUUGGUGAUGCGGUCAUUGAGGAUAAGCCGCAGGAAGCAAUCUCACAGCAGACUUUAGAGACACAAGACCAGGCGAACAAGGAGCGACUUUCUGGAGACGCCGUGCCGAUGGAAGUGGAACAACGUUCUGAACAGCCUGCCCAGGGAGAGGCUGGAAACCAGCAUAUGGAAGGAACUAUCACCAACACACAAGGAAAUGAUGAGGCAAAUCAAUCUGCUGCAGACGCUGCAGGGAACCGACCACUUGAGGAAGAAGAAGGCGAGCAUCCCGAAUGGGAGAUUGACUCUUCUCCUUACGAAUCGUCUUCCGACGAUUCUACGACUGAUUCCUCCGAUGAUAGCGAUGAAGAUGAUGACGAAGACUACCCGAUCCUUUCUCCCGAAGAACAGGCGCGCAUUCUGAUGCUCGCAGAAGCCGGUUCCGACGAUGAAGGAGAAGGAAAGGGCAAAUCAGGCGGUCACCUAAGAACAGCGAACGAACUACCGGAGGAAGCACCCCCGAUCCCUGAAAUUACUAUUACGCCAGAUAUGAAGGUCGUGCUUCUGGGGCACGUUGAAGCAAUUGUCGAAAACACCCUACUUAUCGCGGCCAACGUCUCCGGAGAAUACCAGGUGCUCGAGUCUGGCUCGUUGCUCUGCCUCGAGGACCGAAAAGUGGCUGGUGUGGUAACUGAAACACUAGGAAGGGUUGAAAACCCGCUGUAUGCCGUUCGGUAUCCUAGCGCUGCCGCUAUUGAGGAGCGUGGGAUUUCCAAGGGAAUACAUAUGUACUAUGUCGAACCUCAUUCGACGUUCGUCUUCACUCAGCCCCUGAAAGGACUCAAGGGAAGCGAUGCUUCGAACUUCCAUGACGAAGAAAUUGCCGAGGACGAGGUUGAAUUUUCUGAUGACGAAGCGGAGGCUGAAUACAAGCGGAAGUUGAAGCAGAAGCGACAGGAGCGAAAGGAUGCCAGGAACGAAAACGGCGGUCCAGUUCGUGGAAAGAGAGGUCUGCCUGGCCCCUCGAAACUCGGCCAAGCAGAGCUUAACUACGAUGAUGUACCGACAACUGAAGAUGGUUACACCCCAUUGGCUCGCCCAAAGAAUUUACACGAAAUGAUGGGCCACCAGGAGGCACCUGUUGAGAGUGACGGGCAUGCAGGAAGGAAUCCUGCUCCGCGUGGCGGUCGCGGUCGCGGUAGAGGCUCUGAUCGUGGUCGGGGAAAUCGUGGACGAGGAGCAGCAGGAGGAUCGAGGGAUUCUCGCGAUUACAACUCGUACCAGGAUCGCCAGCCUUACUCCAUGCAGCAGCAAAGGUCGCCAGACAUUCAGACUCAGCCUUCGAACUACAGUCAGCAGCCGGCAUACCCCCAGAAUCAGCAAAAUAUCUACGGCAUGCCUCAGCAAUUUCCCUUCCAGCCAUUCCCUCAACAGCCCCAGCAAGCAUUUCCUCAAGGCUCGUUACCGGCCCAGUUCAACUUCCAAAUGCCUUUUCAGCAGGCUUAUCAACAGCCGAAUCCAUAUCAAAACUUUCCUGCCAUCAAUCCUCUGUUCUUAGCUGCCAUGCAACAGCAGCAACAACAACAGCAACAGCAGCAACAGCAGACGCCCGGUCAACCUCAGGGACAGAAUCCAACAAUGAACUUUGAUCAGGUCAAGGCUCAGCUCGAUCUCUUGCGGCAUCUGAGCAACGCGAACCAAGGGCCACCACGCUCAUGA